GGAGGGCGGAGCGUUGUGACGUAGAGCGUGUGACGUAGAGCCGAGGCUCUGGCUGUUUAUUGUUCCUUCAACGCCGACAGAGAAAGAAAAACAGAAAAACAGGCUAACACGCUGUCAGACACCUUCUAUAUCACCUUUACCUUCAUUCACUCGGUUCACGGUUUAACGAAGGCGUAACAGCUGACUGCACAAACCAAGGGGCCAUGGCGUACGCGUACCUCUUCAAAUACAUCAUCAUCGGAGACACGGGUGUGGGGAAGUCAUGUCUAUUACUACAGUUCACAGACAAGAGGUUUCAGCCUGUUCACGACCUCACUAUCGGUGUGGAGUUCGGAGCGAGGAUGAUCACUAUAGAUGGCAAACAGAUCAAACUGCAGAUCUGGGAUACGGCUGGUCAGGAGUCGUUCCGGUCCAUCACCAGGUCUUACUACAGAGGAGCAGCAGGAGCUCUGCUAGUCUAUGACAUCACAAGACGGGACACCUUCAACCACUUGACGACCUGGUUAGAGGACGCUCGCCAACAUUCCAACUCCAAUAUGGUCAUCAUGCUCAUUGGCAACAAGAGUGACCUGGAGUCGAGGAGAGAGGUGAAGAAAGAGGAAGGUGAAGCAUUUGCCAGAGAACACGGCCUCAUAUUCAUGGAGACUUCAGCCAAGACUGCCUCUAAUGUAGAGGAGGCUUUCAUCAACACAGCCAAGGAGAUCUAUGAGAAGAUCCAGGAGGGAGUGUUUGAUAUCAACAACGAGGCUAAUGGUAUUAAGAUCGGACCCCAGCAUCCUACCACCAACUCCACACUGUCCGGUAGCCAGGGAGGCCAACAGGCUGGAGGGGGCUGCUGCUGAAGCCCCAAAACACUCCUCCUCCUCCUCCUCCUCCUCCUCCUCCUCCAAACCCCCUACCCUUCCUCCUCCUCCUCCUCCUCCUCCUCCUCCUCCUCCAAACCCCCUACCCUUCCUCCUCCUCUUCCUCCUCCUCCUCCUCCACCUCGCCCUCUCCGACUCUCCCUUGCGUUUCUACAGAACUGUCCAGGCUCACUAACAGUUUGUUAACCUCUCUCUCUCUCUCUCUCUACCGCUCCAUUCUUUCAUCCAUCCAUCCCUCCCUCCUUCCCUCUCGUCUCUUUACCUAAGCUGAAGGGUUUAGGAGCUGCGUCCCCAUAAAUCAACCUACAGUCUUACAAGGACAGAGUCAGCUCCACCUGCAGGUUUAGCCUCCAAAUUCUGAAGUGUUUUUUUUGUUAGAUAAAUGGAUUUUUAUCUUUUUAUUUAAAACAAGUUGUAAAGUGAAGAAAUCUAUUCUGGCACUUUAAUUGACACACUCCUCUUAAUUCAUGAGGAUGUUGUUGGGAUAUUACAGUACCUCAGAAUCAUAAGAAAAGCUGCAGUGUAUCUUCAGUAACGACGAGGUUGUGGGUAGAGAUUAAACUCUUAGCGACUGACUGUAUGGAAUACAAACCAAUGCUCUGUGUUGUGUCUAUACACACACAUCCGUACACGCUUUACAGGAAAACGACGCCGCACGUCGAUAGCAUGUCGACAUGUUUCCACAUGUUGAGUUCAGUUUUUCAUGCUGUGCCUGUGUGUGUGUGUGUGUGUGUGUAUAGGGACGAUAUAGGUAUUCCAGUAUGUCAAGUUUGUGUAGGAGCCACAUUCGAGUCACUCUGAAUCUUCUGUCCAUAAAAACAAAAGUGCAAAUUAUGUUAUUUUGUGCUUCCUUUCCCUGAUUUCCGUCAUGUGAUUUCUCUCUCUGUCUUUGUGUCCUUCUUUGUUGAUUUGUAUUUAAUGAACACUACAAACUGGUUGUGGCUUAAAAAAAAAAAAAAGUGUUUUAAAUUGUCUGGAGAGAGAAUAAAAGACCAAACUGUUGAGUGUGAAACUGGAUCCUUUUGGGUGGAAGUUGAAGAAACGUUAAGGGAUAUUGAGAGCAGCGGCCGCCAUUAUGAAGUUAAGAGGAAAAAUAGAUUGGAGACUUUUUUUUUUGUUAACUAUAUUUAUCCGGCACGUUUCUGUGUAUAUAUGGCUCUUUAGGUUUCUGUAGCUUUUUGUUUUUUUAGCUUGUUUAAAGUGAAGCUUGGCGUAUUGUUGUUGUGGUAUUUCUCUACCAGGGCUGCGGAAAAGACACCUCCGAGCAGCUUCUUUUUUUUUUUUUUUUUUGCAUUUUUAACAAUUCUCAUUUAAACCCAAUGGCACCGAGCCGCCCUGUUACGUACGGGGGCUGGUAGUGGUGCCCUUUCUUUUAAAUGACAAGUAUGAAUGAUAACAGGCUGUUAACAGGGCCCGCGUAGAGGCAUUGGAAGUCCCUGGUGGAGAACAGACUCCAACCGAAAAUGUCAAGGCGUCUCGCUUCUAAGCAAGCAAAACAUUUUCCACCAUGAAUUAGCUGGCAGAUAUAUAAUGUAUACUGUUUAGAGCUUGAUCGAUGACUGCUGCAAUGUUUUUCUUUUGUUUUUUUUGCUUUGAGAUCCCCCCCGAUGUAAUACGCACCUUUUUACUGUUCUGAUCAUAUUUUACUACUUCGGUUACUUAUCGUUCACCCCUCUCCUCCUCUCAUCCCCACCUCUCUUUCUCAGACUGUGUGGUAACAUUCGCUCUGUAUUUUUUAAUGCCAAAUUAUUGUGUUUACCUGUGUUUUGUCCACAAAAACAAAAGAAAAGAAGCCCCUAUAAUCUGUCCUGAAAUCAGCUGCCUGCCUUAACUCCACCCCCGCCCACCCCUCCUCUGAGAGAGAUUUGGACAGCUGCUAAAAGACAUCACCUUUAUCUGCAGAUAGGCGUUCUACCACUAACUAGCUAGUCGACGAUGCAUUACACAUGCAGAGAUGCUCACUGUAAAGUCACAGACCUAGUUUGGAUUUGAAUUGGGGCAUUUGAAAUGAAUCCAAACCCACAUGUUAACAUUUUUUCUUCCCACCCCCCCCCCUCCCACUUCAUGCGCACACACACCCAGCUUGCAUACAUGCAUACGAUGCAUACAUAUAUUUCUGUUUAUCUAACUUUUAUCCUCUCCAGGCUAACUGUAUAACUGUAGGGAGUUUUGGGGGUUUCACAGCAGUGCGAGUGAAUCCUCUCAUUUCUUUGUUUUUUUUAUUCCUAAAUAUAUUCAGACAGUUAUUAAUCUUAUUCCGAUGAUGAUGAUUAUUCUUUGUAAAGCAAAAUGUAGUGUGUAUGUGUGCGUGUGUGUGUGUGUGUGUGGACCCAGAGGGGUUACAGGGGGGGAGGAUCAAGCCAAACCUGAUGCAUCUAUCUAUCUGUCUAUCUAUGGAUCGAUCUAGCUAUCUUUAUCUAUGUGGCCCUCCUCCUCUCUCCGCUCUUCUUCCUGCCUCUCCACCUCCUCCUCCCCCCCCUCAACGUUAUUUGCUGUGUUUGUUCUUUGGAAAAAACAAAACUUAAAAAAAAGAAAAAAUGAAAAUGCUAUCACAAUAAACUAUAAUAAAACAUUCUAAACUCUAAAACAUGUCAUUUUGAUGGUUAAUGUGGAGAUGGAAAAAUACAGUGUUUGAAACAAAAA